UCAGGCAUAAUCUGGCAUGGUGGCAAAUUCCUUUCUUUGACGUAAAAUUUCAACCUUGUACCCAGAAUGUGCAGCUCGCUUGGGAACAUGAGCUUCCGAUAUUUAUCCUUGCAGGUUUAUCUGCAUUUUUCAGAUACUUUGAAAUACAGCCUUCUGGGUCUUGCAAUUGCUUUGUUCCUGAUUGCUCUCGUUAUUUUAGCAUGGAAAAUGCACCAGUAUUACUCAUAUAAAGCAACUUUAACUGUGAAAGACAAGAAGCUCAUCAGCGGUUCAGUUGUUGAAAAGAAAACUGAAGGAAACAUUCUCGUAAAAAGUUUAUCUCCUGUCUUUUUUGAGGCUGCAAGAAAGGAACAGGACUCAAAGAUCCAACUCAUGCAGAAAGAAAUGGAGAAACUGGAAGUACACCUGACCCCCUCACCACCAAGUACAGAAAGCCUAGAUGAUGUGGGCAGUGACUCUGAUCAUCCUCAAGGGCCCAGAGGAAAACUCAAGUUUAAUCUUCAUUAUAAUAAAAACACAUCAAACUUAAUCCUCAGUGUCAUUGAAGCUACAGAUCUUCCAGAAUACAGCAGAGAUCCAUUUUUAAGGAUUCGAGUUUUCUCCAAAGCCUCACAAUCUGAAGUUCAAUCUGUCCUCCAUGAGUGUGAGACCAGGGUAGUUAAAAACAGCAGAAAUCCUGUAUUUGAUGAAGACUUUUCAUUUUCUCUGAAGAAUUACCCAUUAUCAUCCAUAAGUCUAAAGCUUGAGGUGAAAGAUUUUGACAAAUAUUCCAGACACACGCUGAUUGGUGAGACAAGAACUGCACUGAAAGAUCUAAAAAUUUCUGAAAAUUUGGAGUUUAAUGAAGAUUUGCAGGAUAAAACAAAGGACAUUAUUGGAGAGGUUCUAUUAUCACUGAAAUGUCUACCUACCGCACAGAAAAUAGAAGUUGGGAUACUAAAGUUCAGAUCAAGUUCCUCUAACAUCAUUAAGGAGAGAGAUGUAUAUGCCAGAAUCGAUGUAUUCAGUAAUCAUCAAAAGCAAAAGCAUCAGAAAUCAAGUCUACGAGCAAAAUCAAAAGUGACAGUUUUCAAUGAAACUUUUCUUUUUAGCCUCCCUGACCCGGGUAAAACUCAAUGCUUGAUUCUUAUCUCACUGUAUGAGACUUUGUCUACUGGAAAGAAGCUUAUUGGGCAAACCACACUGGGCAGCCAGAAGACAAAAGGAAAAGAUAAUCAUUGGGAUAUGAUGAUGCAGACACUACGUCAGCCAGUAGCUGACUGGCAUCCACUCUAUAUUUAAAGAAAUGACUGCUGUCUAUUUCUGUUACUGUCUCCUAGAUCGUUAGAUGUGUGAAUGGUUGUUCUUCCCUCGACUUCUGGGAUUUCAACCCACACUAGCUUAAUACCUAGAGGCUUCUCAUAGGACAUAGGAUAUCUAUAUACUCAUGCCACAUUCAGGCAUAAUAAACUGUGCCUUGCUCUAUUCUAAGAAGGUGAUCUAGAAAGAUACUUGUAUGACCACAAGGGGGAUCUAUGAUACUAUAUAACAACAAUACACAUUGUAACAAUGCCUGAAAGAAGCAGUUGAAAAAAGGGCAUUGAUCAAAGGUCCAUUUACAUGGCCGCGUAGGGUCUGUGGGAUGGCCACAUUGUCUGGCCCAGCGGCGGUGAGCCGAAUUCGCCUCAUAGCUAUAUCUAUGAUGCUGUGAGUUCCAUCCCAACUGUGGGUCUACUGUCCCAUACUCACAGCAUUGUUUGAGUAUGGGCAACAGAACCUUGGUUGGGCUGGGAACUCACAGGAUCAUAGAUCACUGUGAUGCAGGGAGUUCGGCUAACAUGAGCUGUUGCUGCUAGUCUGAGAUAUGUGGCUGUCACACAGACCGCAUUUCACUUACCUCACAUGGCUUUGUAUGGAAUGCAGCUGUACACAGAUUGUCCAGUUUUGUAUGGUUUUCCAUGUUUCUAAGAACAUAAGGGUCCAUUUAAAUAAAUAGCCUGUAACAAGUGCUGACAGGUGACAUAGUGAGAUAAACACACUUACUUGCACUUACAUGUUGUAACAUUUGCAGAUGCUUGUUUAUAUGUGCUGAUUUAGAUCUGAUCUACAAUUAUUUUUUAAGUUGGCAUAAAAGAUGUGAUCAGCAACAAGCAGGGGCCCAAAUACACCUACAGAUUCUGCAGGCGAUUGACAGGAGGGUAGCAUUUCUUCCCUGCAAUCGCCUGCUCGGUAGUGGAGGAGACUGCUGUUAUUACAUGCAGCGAUCUCCUCCUCAGUAUGGGGACAAGUGAUUGCUAAUGCCAUCACUUGUCCCCAUAUCGAAUAAUUGUUUGCUGGCGGCAGAGUGCUGAUUGCACGACACGAUCUGCCACAGGCAAACAGUUAUUUUUAAACAUGUUGAAAGACUCCAAUUACCCGAUGUAUGAGUGUUUACUCGUUCAUCCGGUAAUAAGCAGCAGUAUUAAUCUGCCAGAUUAUCGCCAAUGAGCGUUCAAUAGAUAGGGCUGUGUCUUUCCAAAUCCUGUCCAAGUAACUGAAUUUACCACAGGUGGAAUCCAAUCAAGGUGUAGAAACACCUCAAAUAUUAAGAGAAAUGAGAGGACCCGGAGCUAAAUGUCAAGUGUCAUAGCAAAGGGUCUGAAUACUUAUGUCCAUGCAAAGUUUUUCCUUUUUAAUAAAUU